AUGUUGAAUAUUUCCAUUAGCAACCCACAAUGUUCCCAAUCGGUCAAGCCUUUGAAAAAAGCAGCCAAAGACUCCCAAAAUUCAAAUACUUCUCAAUCGUCAAUUGCUAAAAAGGAUUGGACUACCAAAGAGGAGGAGGCAUUAACUGAGGCGUGGCUCUAUAUCUCCGUGGAUGCCGAUGUGGGAAAUAACCAAAAAAAUGCUGCUAUGUGGGCACGUGUCCUUGACAUUUGGAAACAAAAAAUGGGACCUGACCACCACACAAUGAGAAACAAUAAUAGCUUGCAGUGUCAUUGGUUCCAAAUACGGUCCGCAGUAAGCAAAUUUGUUGCAAAGUAUGAGCAGCUCGAACGACAUCCACAGAGUGGUACCAACCCAAAUGACUUGGUGAUAAAAGCAUUACGCUUGUAUGAAGAUUUCUUUGGGAGCCCCUUCAAGUUUCUUCAUUGUUGGAAAAUAUUGGUCAAGAACCCGAAAUGGUGCUCAAAAAUGUUGACAAAGGCAAAUGUAUCCAAUAAACAAGAAACAAUCAAUAUCCCUUCUCAAACUGCAGACGAUUCUCCUCAUGAAACUAUCAGUGAAGAACCCUCAGCGCCCAAAGGUGUAAACAAUGAAGAAAUUGCUCGACCAGAGGGAAGGAAAAACUGCAAAGACAAAAAGCGGAAGCUAAAUGAGGAGAAAGGUGUAGUUGAUGCAUUAAACAAGUUGCAAAGCACUUUAGAGAAACAAGUUGGCGUCAACCAAGCAAGCUUGAAUAUGAAAGAGGAAGCAAUGAAAAAAGAAAUGGAGCUGAAAGAGCAAGUGAUGAGAAGAGAGAUAGAAUUGAAAGAAGCUGCCCAAAAACAGAGAAAAGAAGAUCAUGCAAUGAAGAUGAAGGAACAAAGAAAACAACAUAUCAUGAACCAAGAUUUAAGUGUAUUAUCACCAUCACUAAGAGCUUCUUUUGAAGCCAUGCAGGCUCAAAUAUUGAAAGAUUGGGAAAAUGAAAUUCUUCACUAA